AUGGCGCAGGGGGAAGUUGACCAAGAUGAAGUUGGGAAAAUUCCGGUGAACGAAAUGACAUCAAAGGAUUACUAUUUUGAUUCUUAUGCCCAUUUCGGUAUUCAUGAGGAAAUGUUAAAAGAUGAAACGCGAACGGUUACCUAUCGAAACGCAUUGCUCCACAAUAAGCACCUGGUAAAAGGCAAAGUAGUGCUUGACGUUGGUUGUGGAACUGGUAUCUUGUGCUUAUUUGCUGUUAAAGCUGGUGCAAAGCAUGUGAUUGGGAUCGAAUGCUCAAACAUUAUUGAUCAUGCAAGGGAGGUUGUCAAAGCUAACGGGAUGUUAAAUAAAAUUACUCUGAUCAAAGGCAAGGUUGAAGAAGUUUCGCUUCCAAGUGGUAUCGACAAGGUUGAUAUUAUAAUCAGUGAGUGGAUGGGCUAUUGUUUAUUCUACGAGUCGAUGCUCAACACGGUCUUGUACGCCCGUGAUAAGUGGCUGGCACCUGGGGGUCUUAUUAUGCCAGAUCGCGCUACUCUUUACAUUUGUGCUAUUGAGGAUAGACAGUACAAGGAUGAAAAGAUUAACUGGUGGGACAACGUCUAUGGAUUCGACAUGAGUUGUAUUCGCAAAGUCGCUCUCACUGAGCCUCUUGUUGAUGUUGUCGACCCCAAUCAAGUAGUUACGAAUUGUUCCCUCGUUAAAGACGUCGAUAUGUACACCAUUACUGUCGAGGAUCUUACCUUUUCGGCACCUUUCCAGCUGACCUGCAAACGCAACGACUACAUCCAUGCUUUAGUCACUUUUUUUAACAUUAAUUUUUCGUGCUGCCACAAAUAUGUCGGCUUUUCUACCGGUCCUGAUGAAAGAAGAUAUACGCACUGGAAACAGACAGUCUUCUACCUUGACUCAGGGGACGGCGAUGAAUGUCUAACUGUUAAAAAAAACGAAGAAAUCCGCGGCAUAUUUUCGAUUACACCCAACAGCCGCAAUAAUCGCGACUUAGACAUCUCUAUCAAACUGAACUUCGUUGGCGAGCUAUCUUCCGCUGACAAGAAGUUCAAUUACCGAAUGCGUUAG